AUGUCUACCGACAAAGAAAGAAUCCCUUCAGCCGAGAUCGAACAUGUCGAUCGGAAUCAUCACCAGAAAGGCACAAUCAAUACGCUUCUGGUGGUUGCCUGUAUAGUAUUUGGUGCUGCAUCAUUUAUGUUUGGAUAUGACGAUAAAGUCAUCUCGCCCAUGAUUGCAUUGCCAGCAUUCAUUGAUAAGUUUCAAGGUGGUGAUGAUCUCGCCGGUAGCCUUGUUCUGACAGCUCGUAACCAGAACUUGGUGAUUUCCGUUCCAUUGGUGGGCGAUGUCGUUGGGAGUCUUUGUGCCCCUUUGUUGACCUUUCACCUGGGGCGAAAAUGGCCUUUGGUGGCAUCCUACACGCUAUCUCUAGGUGGCAGCUUACUCCAAGUCUUUGCGCCGAAUCUUGGAGCCUUUGUAGCUGGCCGAGCUGUGAAUGGCGUAGCAAUUGGCAUUGCUAUUGCCACCGCCCCUCUAUACCUCUCCGAGGUGGUCCCCGCUUCUAUUCGAGGAAGAUGUGUCAGCUCUAUCAAUAUCCUGAAUCUUAUAGCCGGAGUGAUCGGCACCGUUGUGGUCUGGGGCACUAAGAAAAUUGGUGGCCAUUUGUCCUAUCAAAUCCCACUAGCUAUACAGUGUGUUAUUCCUGUUAUUCUGCUCGUCCUGACCAUACCACUCCCCGAAAGCCCAGAAUGGCUUGUAUCAAAGGGGAAUAUGGAACAGGCGCGAUAUAACCUACGAAAAUUGCGCGGCUUCAGCGAUGAAAAGGUAGAAGAAGAGCUCCUACUCAUGGAAUUGUGCGAAAGAAAUAAUUGUGAGAUGCGAUCUGAUGUCAAGUUCUGGCAUAUCUUCCGUCGAGAUCACCUCCGACGAACUUUGGUGGCAGGGUCAUUCUAUUCCCUGAAUCAAAUCUCCGGUAUCAUCCUUUCCACAACCUAUACGACCGUUUUCCUCACCGAAAUCGGAGCCUCAAAUACAUUUACAUUGACUAUCAUUGCAUCCUGCUGUACCCUGGCUGGCACUCUUGCAGCCCCACUGGUGAUCGACCGUGCGGGCCGACGCCCCACGGCAUUUAUCGGCAUGGGCAUUCUCUUCGUGAUUGAUGUCAUAGCCGGUGGCCUUGCCUUUGACACUGGAAACACGAGCUCCAUUGUUGCCAUUGCAGCGUUGGGUUUUAUUUUCAACUUUUUCUGGGCCUCAUCUUUCUACUCCUUGUCCAACGUGAUGCCUUCUGAGAUGGCCACUACCAAGCUCCGUCACUACGUUAUGUCCUACACCAUUGCCUGCCAGGGAAUUACAGCUGUGAUCACCACUCUUGUCGUCCCUCGGCUUACAUCUGCUGAUGCGGCGGAUCUUGGAGCCAAGACAUACCUCGUCUUUGCAGGAUGCAUGGCUGCCAUCAUCGUCUUCACGUACUUCCUCAUGCCGGAGACACGAGGCCGCACAUUUGCGGAAAUUGAUGAGAUAUACGCAGCCAAGGUUCCCGCGUGGAAAUGGCGGUCAUACCAGACUACCUCAGAAGCGAGAACAGGGGCAUCGAACAUAUCCAGUGAGAAGAUGUUGAGAAGAGAGAGAAGUUAG